ACCUCCUUGGUGAACGAUUUGUCAUCCAUGCUUGUCAGCCUGCAAGCCGACCAGCUUUUAAGCCCGCAGGAAACCCGCAAGGAUUAACCAGGCCAUAAAUAAACUGCAAAGAGCGGGGUUGUUUCCGGACGGAGCUCUGGUCAGAGCACCGGGGGCGUAGGGUGUGCAGCGCCCGCACAAAGAUGAUGCUGCUGCUUCCAGAGGGAACAAAACCUUUACGAGACAGAAUUAACCCGUUCCAACACAACACCCAACAAUAAAUGAGAAAAAUGAUGCACCGAUUGAGCAGCAGCACAAGUGACUUCUGUAUCAGUGGGCUGGCAGAGGACUGCCACCCAGCCAGCCACUUUGAUUUAUGCAGCACCCACUCCAACAAGUUUUAUGCCUCUCCGGCAAACCCUGGUUUGCAGCUGUCCCUCGCCAGUCUUACCCCCUUGCCGCAGGGAAUACACAAAGCCAUGACAUGCCAGCUGCAGGAGAACCAAGGUGACUUCCAACCACAGGCGGUGAGAAUCGGGGCCAGUGAGGUCCUGACGCCUGAUGGCCCCAAGAAAAAGAAAGGUACUGUUAAAUCAGGGCGGAGAGGGAGGCCUUCGGGGACUACAAAGUUGGCUGGGUACCGCACAAGUACCGGACGCCCACUUGGGACGACCAGAGCGGCCGGAUUCAAAACCAGCCCAGGGAGACCCCUGGGGACCACCAAGGCAGCGGGAUAUAAAGUCAGCCCAGGCAGGCCGCCCGGCAGCAUCAAGAGUCUAGCUCGUCUCAAAAAGCUGGAGUUUGGCUGUGAUGCUCCGAAAACACUUGACUUGAGCAACUGCAGCAUUCCCAAGAAACUGGACUUCCCUGGCAGUGAUGUUCCGCCUUUUCCGUACGCCAUCAUGGAAAGUAGAGAUCUCUGUGACGCCAGCAGCAAAGUGGACGAACCCAGCGAAUAGCUCAACAGACGUCUCUGUUAUUUGGUUGCAUGAGCAUGCGUCAGAAAACUUUUUGUUUUUUAAAUAAAGAAACUGUAUCACCCAUCACUCACAUCUAAUAAGUGAAUUAAAGUGUAAUUACAGAUGCACUAAUUCAUGAAUGCAUGCAAAAAAGAAGAAGAAGAAAAAAAAAACAAUCAUCAGGAAAAAGCAAAAAAAAAAGUCAUAAGUAGCAAUUUAAAGUUUAUGUCAGAGUUGUUUGUUCCUUCAGUCUGGGCCAGCUCAAGGUAUAAGUCAACAUUGAAUCUUCUUAGGAACCCAAAUUAAAUUUACACAACAUAGUGACCAUGUUAAAUUCUUUAAAAAAAAAAAAAAGUUUUUGUUUUUUUUAAAUGAAUUAAUGUUUGUUCACUAGUCGACUGAAAUACAAGCUAAUUGAAGGCAGGAGGUAAGACUGUCCAAACAGCCAAUCAUGGAUAUUAUGAUGAAUUGAAGGUGGGCCCCCAAAUGAAACUCUGCUUCAGGCCUCAUGAAUCCUUGAGCCGGCCCUGGCUCCAGAACAUUUUUUUUUUUUAAUUUUGUUAUGGCUUGUGUUUUUGUUCUAGUUUUGCUUUCUGAGACAGAUCAACCAGCUCACUUCUUUGACAGAAAAUGUUUUCAAACUAGUCUAUACUUGUACAGUAUGUGUUUUAUUUUUGUUUUACAACCCAGCACCAAAGCUAAGCAGUUAGGGUUAACCUACCAGCUUCAGUUUUGACCGAUUCAGAUUUUCUUGCUUGAGGACAAAAAUGGCUCCAGGUUAUUUUAUAAACAGAUUGUCACCAUUAUCAGAGUCACCUGUCACCAGUAUCAAAGCAUUUGUCCCUAAAUUUGUGUGAUUUCUGUUGAGGCUACAUAGUGCAUACAUACAGUAAUACAUUUAGAGGCUGAAAAUGGUGGGAGUUACUAGUUUUGGUUCUACAACAACAGAAAAGAAAAUUACCAUCUGUGGCAAAUUGAUUGGUGCAUCUCUUUAAACAAUUUGUGUUUAAAUUUUUAAUUGGCUUCAACUGCUAUAACUUACUAAUUUUUGAGCACAGUAUUUAUUCUUUCUGCACUUUGUAAAUAUAGAUGUCUUUCCUAUUUGUUAUUGGACUUAUCAUAAGCACUUCCAUUUUUAUGUAGUUAUACUUGUCACUAUUGAAAAUCAGAAAUAUGCAUUGUGGAUUAUAUAAUAAAUCCUAAUGUGCUGUAUGUGAAACCAUAAUAAAAAUCUUUUCAAGUA